GAUAAUGAUACAGAAAUAACCAAUCGGCUUCACAAAGGGGCGUGGCCUCCGAGUUACCUGCGAUGAAGACGACUGCCUGCUCGCGCUGAGUAGAUGAGGCUGAAAUCAGAUCGAUGAGCAAACACAGGUGUUGAGCGCGAGGGUGAACAAAACGGCUUAGUCUUUGCGCCAUCCUCAGGAAAAAUAACUUGUGUACCUGCUGUCAUACAACCAAUUAUUGCUGUCAAUCUUAGGCUGCUGAGUUUAUAAAGCCUUUGCUCUAAGAAUAACCGCGUCCCUCGACCUGUCCUCCCCCCUGCUGCAAUUCUCAGCUAGGAUGGCUGCCGACUCCACCAUGAGAUCUGAAGUGGAGGAGCUGCAGAGGAGGGCCAAUCAAGUGACAGAUGAGUCCCUUGAGAUCACUAGAAACAUGAGGCUUCUGCUAGAGGAGAGUAAAGAUGCAGGGAUCAGGACACUUGUUAUGCUGGAUGAGCAAGGAGAACAACUGGACCGCAUAGAAGAGGGCCUGGAUCACAUCAACAAGGACAUGAAGGAGGCUGAGAAAAAUCUCACUGACAUGGCCAGGUGUUGCGGUCUGUGCAUCUGGCCAUGUACAAAACUAAAGGACUUUGAAGCAAGUGGGGCGUAUAAGAAGGUUUGGGGUAAUCAAGAUGGGGUGGUGUCUAGCCAGCCCUCUUCCCGAGUCAUGGAUGAGAGAGAGAAGAUGACCAUGAGUGGUGGAUAUAUUAGAAGAGUGACAAAUGAUGCAUUGGAGGAUGAAAUGGAGGAAAACUUGGCACAGGUCGGCAGUAUCCUUGGCAACCUCAGAAGCAUGGCACUUGACAUGGGCAAUGAAAUCGACACUCAGAACGUCCAGAUUGAACGCAUUCAGAGCAAGGCCAUGGUCAAUGAGUCCCGCAUUAAUGAGGCCAAUCAGAGGGCAACAAAGCUAAUAUCAAGAUAAAACAUGGGAUUUUUCUUUGAAACGUUUACAGUCUUCUAGGAAAAUGUGUGCACAUAUUGAUACAAAUGAUUAAUCUUUUAAAUGACUAUUUACAGAACUUGGAUUAUUGCCUACUAAUGUGACAUUAUAUUAUUAUUAUUAUUAUUAUAUGUUCCAACAACAGCUCUUGAAUUGAAUGAAUGUUAAUAUACUGUCUCUAGUCUGUGCUGUAAUUGUAAUUUAUGUAUGUAAAUGUAUUGUACAGUAUAGUUUAUAACAACAUCUUUUAGACAGCUAUCUUUGUUUUUGUAAGCCUGCAGAACACUUUUCAUAUCUAAUAAAAGCUCACUAUUAAGACAAAGCAGUGUCUUAAAGUUGUAUUGGUAAAUGUAAUUUGUUUGUCUAGAUUAAGUAGCUUUUUUAAUGAUCCAGUUUAAAAGGUCAAGGGUUUGUUUCAUGAUGGACACAUUUUUAUUUUAUUUUUUUUCCUGCUAUACAUGGGCCACUUGCUUAGUGUCUUCUGUCUGUCUUUUAUUAUUUUAUUUUCAAAAUAAAACUAAAUUGAUAUUUUUC